CAUUGACCCAGGAAACGUCGGUGGAGGUUUGGGCUCUAAAUUUAGAAAUGACGCUCGACAGCCCCGGGAAUGGAAGGAUCACUUCCUGGUACGACAGCAGCUGAAUGUGCAUCAAACUUGAAGAAGAUUUAUACAGUACAAACAGUGCAGGAUUUCUGGAGUGUCUACAACAACAUUCCUCCUGUGACAAAUUUGCCUCUGAGAUGUAGUUACCAUUUAAUGCGGGGAGAAAGACGCCCACUCUGGGAAGAAGAAAGCAAUGCCAAAGGAGGUGUAUGGAAAAUGAAGGUCCCUAAAGAAAGUACGGCUGCAGUUUGGAAAGAGCUACUGCUGGCAACUAUUGGAGAGCAGUUUACAGAUUGUUGUGCAGCAGAAGAUGAAGUAAUAGGGGUUAGUGUCAGCGUUCGGGACCGUGAAGAUGUUGUGCAAGUCUGGAACGUGAAUGCCUCUUCAGCAAGUGAAGCAAAAGUUCUAGAGAAGAUUCACAAACUUCUACCACACACAUCUUUUAAGGCAGUCUUCUAUAAACCCCACAGAGAGCACCAUGCUUUCGAAGGCUGACGUGGAAAGCAUUAAGUGCAGUGUGUGCCAAGCUCAUUUGUUGUUCUUUGGUGUUUUGAGGUGGUCUGGACAAGGAGGAGAAUGGUGGAAACCCUGCAGAAGUGCUACAUGCAGUUGGUCCUCUUGAGUUUCUGACAUUUCAAACUGGGCUAUUGCUGUUGAAAAUGAAGAAAAACAGUUGCCUUGACCGCUAAAUGUG